GGUUUCUUCUACAACGCUUCUUCUUAUGAUGAUUUUGCUGUUACAUUAUUGAUUAGAACAAUUAUCUUCUCUCUAGAAAUCUUUAUUUCUCUCGAUCUUUCUCUCUUUAGAUGUUUGUAGUUUCACUGUUUCUCCAGCAUUAAGCGAUGUCAUAUAGAAAUCAUUGUUACAACAAGAAAAUGUGAAGCUAAUUGCUACAUAUGUUCAUGGAUACAAAGAAGCUAUAGGAAUAGAUUAAGUAGUAAAGUGAAGAGAGAUUGCUAAAUCCAAGAGGUGAUUCCUGUCUUUGAAUGUCCCCGGUUCUAUAUCAUCAUAAUAUGUGUGGAUGGGCUGAUCGGAGUAGUAUUUUUCACCUGGUGUCCCAAAGAGCCUAUAGAAGACAAAACAUAACUGAAGCUUAUGGAAAAGAGGCACGUCAUGGUUUGAUAUUUUGUCGGUGUGCCUGACCGCUUACUUUAUCCAAGAUAUAGCAAGUAUUUGACAGAAAUCAGUGGCUGCCUUUUAGAUGAUAACUACUGAUUGCAGCUCGUGAAGGCUGCGUUUAAGCAUGUUGAUAGUCUUUCAAUUGAUUUUCAAUUUCUUUUGUAAUGAGAGGUGGAUUUUUUACCAUUUGCCGUAUCGUAUGCUGCACAUAAAAAGUGGUAUAUGUCAACAAUCACGUGAAGAUCACUGUUUUUACAGUGUAGAAACCUCUAUCAGGAGGUUAGAGGUCCAUUGAGAUAGUGUUGGUCCGCCAGUCAUUGUAAUCUAAAAAUGGAAAGAUAUAGAAUAUUGAAGGAGCUUGGAGAUGGAACAUGUGGUAAUGUAUAUAAGGCCAUUAAUACAGAAACAUCUGAAAUUGUUGCAGUUAAGAAAAUGAAGAGGAAGUUCUAUUUUUGGGAAGAAUGCAUUAAUCUACGUGAAAUAAAGUCCCUCCGUAAAUUGAAUCAUCCUAACAUCAUCAAACUGAAGGAGAUUGUCAGGGAGAACAAUGUGCUUUUCUUCAUACUUGAAUACAUGGAACAUAACUUGUACCAACUAAUGAAAGAUCGGCAAGGACCUUUCCUAGAGGAAGAGAUUCGAGGAUUGAUGUCUCAGGUGUUGCAAGGACUUGCCCAUAUGCAUAAAAAUGGCUACUUUCAUCGGGACUUGAAACCUGAGAAUUUACUGGUGACGAAUGAUGUAAUUAAAAUUGCUGAUUUUGGGUUGGCUCGUGAAGUGUCUUCAUUACCUCCUUUCACUGAUUAUGUUUCAACUCGUUGGUACCGAGCACCGGAAGUUUUGUUGCAAUCUUCAUCAUACACACCUGCUAUUGAUAUGUGGGCAGUUGGUGCGGUACUUGCUGAACUUUUCACUCUUUGCCCAAUUUUCCCUGGUGAAAGUGAAAUUGAUCAGUUGUAUAAGAUAUGCUGUGUUCUUGGACCGCCAGAUUGGACUAGCUUCCCAGAACUAAGAAGUGCUUCACGGUUGUUUGAUAUAAGCUGUCUUGAUAUUACACCAGCUAAUCUGUCUGAUGUCAUUCCAAAUGCUAGCUUGGAAGCUAUUGAUUUGAUCAAGCAACUCUGCUCGUGGGACCCAUUGAGGAGACCAACUGCUGACCAAUGCUUACAGCACCCAUUUUUUCAUGUUGAUAUGCGUAUUCCUCGACCUCUAGGGGAUCCAUUGCAGAUGAAUUUAAGUAAUGUUGGACCUGAGCCUAAUCUUGAGUUGAACCUGUGGGAUUUUGGGACAGAAAAAGAUGAUUGCUAUCUUGGUUUGACUUUGGCUGUGAACCCAAGUCCCUCUUGUCUGGAUUUAUUUCCUGCGAAGAUGGCAGGUAAAAGUCAAGGUACAGGAACGGAUAUGUUGUUCUGCCCUGGUUUCCAAGAUCACUCACAACAAUCAGUUUUCUGGUCAUUGUUUCCUCCCGAUCACCAUCAAAUAUCUACUCCGGUGGACUCCUCAUUGUCAUUAUCAUUCAGCACAAUUCCACACUCAACCAUUGGGGCUCCACAAUCAACUGGUUUUGGCAUGACAUCUUUGCAGACUAACUUCUUGGAGCACCCCUUUCUGGCUAUGUCAUCCUCCUUCCAGCAGGGACGUUGCCUUUGAGCUACUGAUUCAAUUCCCUAGUUCGACUAAUAAGCAAUUAUAGUAGUAUUUCCCCGGACCCCGCGCAUAGCGGGAGCUUUAGUGCACCGGGCUACCCUUUUUUAGCUGUAAUCUGUAAAUGUAAUUGACAGCACAAUUAAAGUUAUUUUACUAGAUUUUUUUUCAUUACUCUCAGAAGAUUCUCUUCUAAAGAUGUAGAGUGACCCACGCCCCUUUUAGGCGAUGUAGUUGGUGUCCUUGUGGGAACAAUCCUAUAGAAGAUGACUGAAAUAUACUGUUGUAAUUAUUAAACCAUCAUAAACGGGGAGAAAGAUACAACUCGCGUUCUUUAUUUA